CGUUGACUAGGCCUGACGCCUCCACUCAAAAACCUUUCUCAGCUUAGUGUUCGUACCGAAAAAAGAAAACUUCGGCUCAGAUACAGUGUUUGUGCAACACGAACCUACCAAAUUGACGGCGCUGCCCAGGGAUGUCUUUCCCGAAGACCGGAGGUCCUGUCGUUCUGCAAUCCACCCACUUGUGAGCCGACACAAAGUGGCUAGAAUCUAGAAUCCACUAAGAAACGAAAUCCAAACAAAAAAGUAUAAUAAGCUGGAUAGCAGCAUAACGAAAAUGCCGCCGCAGCUGGAGUGCCAAGAUGUAAGAGGCGACGAGGAGGAGAGGGGACGAUUGGAGUACAAGGAGAUGGAUCCGCUGCGGCUGACAACUCUGGUCCUGAGUGCGGAUCCACGCUACCGCAUCAAGCCAAUGCAGCAGGUGGUGUCGGCCCUAGUCGGCGGUCUCAUCACGACGUUUGUGGUGACACCACUGGAGGUGGUAAAGACCCGAGUGCAGACCCAGCACGCGAUCCGCCAGCGAGCGACUGUCUCCAAGCUCUGCUGCGUCUUCCACAACGGCCUGAUGACCCACGUGUGCCGCUCCAGCGAUAUAUGCUUCCCGAAACCGGGACGGGACCCCCGAGACCUUCGACCCCUGCGCGGCGCCAUGGACGCGUUUGUCAAGAUUGUUUGCACCAGCGGUCUCAGCGGUCUGUGGGCAGGCCUUAGUCCCACGUUAGUCUCGGCCCUGCCCUCGACGAUCAUCUAUUUCGUGACGUAUGAGUACCUCAAGAACUCCCUGUCGCAGAUCUACUUAGAUUCGCAAUUGCGCAUGUUUGAGCAAUCCGGCGCGGAGGACGAAGUGCCCGGCGCGGAUGGCGGGGAUCCCCUGGACCUGGCCACCAGGAGCCAAAAUGUGAGCGCCACGGCGCCGGUGUCCAAUGUUCCGCUUCCAUAUUACGUGCCCAUGGCCUCAGGCAUCUGCUCGCGCACCAUUGUGGUCACGGCCAUUACGCCCAUCGAGAUGGUGCGCAUCAAGAUGCAGUCGGAGUAUAUGACCUACUCGGAGCUGUGGCGCGUGCUGCGCUCGCUGAUACGCCAGCACGGGAUCCUGGGUCUGUGGCGGGGCUGGCCGCCUACCGUGAUGCGGGACGCCCCCUUCUCCGGCACCUACUGGGCUGCCUACGAGGCGAUGAAGCGGGCCUUCAGCGUGGCGGAACCCUCCUUCCUCUUUAGCUUCUUCACAGGCGCCAUCUCUGGAGCGGUGGCUACCUUUGUGACAAUGCCCUUCGACCUAAUCACCACCCACACGCAGAUUGAGCUGGGUCAGGACGUGCUCUACGAGGAGGUGGCAGCGGGAACCGGAGCGGCAUCUGGGACGGGCGCAGGACCGAGGAAGCAGCCCAGUGCCAUCGCCAAGCCCUCGAUGUUCUCACGGCUGCGCUACAUCUACCGGCAGCAGGGAGUUCGAGGUCUCUACGUCGGAGUUGUGCCGCGCAUGCUCCGUGUGGUCCCAGCCUGCGCCAUCAUGAUCUCCACCUUCGAGUACAGCAAGUCGUUCUUCUUCCACUACAACUUGGAUCUCCAAGAGGCGGAUAUUUCUUAAAAUGUGUCUUGUGAAAUCAGACUUUUAUUAAUUAACAAAAUAUAAGCGCUGUGGGUAGGAACUGUUCAAACAAUUUAAAAAUGCACAGUUUCGUACUUGGGAAUCCCCACAUAGCCCGAUUUUCGAUAACUCCGCGAGUGCAGUUCCCUUCCGAUAGCACUAUCGAUAUGCCUACCGGCAACAGCUGAUCUCCUGCCCAGGCAGCUGUCCAUGGGAACGGAAUGGAAAUGGGACGAAACGGACGAGCACGGUGCUUUAUUUUGGACCUGGAGAUUAUUUCACAACGAUCGCGCGGCUUGCCCAACUGCCCGGUUCGCACUCUAUAACAAACAAAACCCAGAGCAGCACGCGAACUGCCCCCCAUCGUACAUCCUCUUGAUAACCGCUAACCACCAAAUCCAAUCGCCGCCAGCUUACCGGGGCUCCCAGUGAAACCACCGCACAAAGCGUGCUCCGGCAGCCAGGAAAGAGAGAGUGCA